AUGGUCGUCCAGCUCCUGCAACACGAGCACGGCAAAGGCCGCGUACGGCUGCUCAAGGUCACACGCACGCCCGAGAAGCACUCGGUGCUCCAGCUGGAGGCGCAGGUGCUGCUGGAAGGCACAGGCGCUGCCAGCGCCUAUAACAACGGCGACAACGGCCACGUCCUGCCCACUGACUCGAUCAAGAACACGGUGUGGGUGCUCGCCAAGGAGCACGAGAUGGCGUCGCUCGAGGACUUUGGCGUCAUUCUGGCCACGCACUUUGUCACUAGACACUCGGCCAUUAUCAGUGUGGCGAAGGUGAAGCUCGUGGAGACGCCGUGGGAGCGUCUUGUGGUGCCCAACACCAAAGGCGAGAUGCAGCCGCAUCAUCACGCUUUUGUCAGCUCUGGUCUUGGCUUCUCCACGACUCAUGUCGUUGCUCGCAAGUCAACGACAGACAGUACCCCAGAGAUGAUGGUGCAGGGCGGUGUAGACGGUCUCAAGGUUCUCAAGACCACGCAGAGCUCAUUUGUUGACUUUUUCCAGGACGAGUACACGACGCUGCCUCAAGUGCCCGACCGCCUGAUGUGCACGUGCGUCACGGCUUCUUGGACCUACACGUCGGAUGCCGUCGGCGGAGAUUUUGCUGGCAAAGUGGCAGAGAUCAAGAAGGUGCUCUUGGAGACGUUCGCAGGUCCAUCAGAUGUAGGUGUGCCCAGUCCUGCUGUUCAGUUCACGCUGUUCAAGAUGGGCGAGGCGGUGCUGGAGAAAUGUCCGUAUGUGAAAGACAUCAAGAUCUCGAUGCCCAAUAUCCACAACAAUCCCAUCGACCUCUCUCGCUUCGGCUGCAAGAACAUUCACCCACACGGCGAGGUGUUUCUGCCCACGGACGAGCCACACGGCAUUAUUUCAGCUACGAUGGUGCGUUCUGUGUCCAAGCUGUAG